UUACCGAAAGGUCGAAAACCAACCUUGAAGUGGAAUCACCUUCCGGUUGAGCUGAAGCGAAGUACCUCUUUAGUUUCUCUUCGAGGUGGAUGAAUGUUCAUCGCAUGACAGUCGCUACCUGUUUCAGUAUCAAUGCAAAGAAAGUAACUCCUCCUCUUUCAGGUAGAGGAGGAGGUAAAUACGUCGGUCAGUCACUGAGAGUGGUACCAAUAAGGAUUAUAACAGUGGGGAAGAAGAGGUCUCCGGGAGUGCAAAUGUUGGUGGAGGAGUAUAUUGCCAAGCUCAGGCUCCAUUGCCCAGUAGAGGAUGUUCAACUUCGCUCCAAUCCCAGAAAUGCUCGUGACGUGAAGGCGCAGAUUGGUGAUGAAGACACGGCUGUCAUGAACCUCGUAAGGUCUGAUGAUUGGGUGGUGAUGUUGGAUGAGCGCGGGCAAGACAUGGAUUCUGAGCAAAUGGCUGAUUUAGUGGGAGAUGUGGGGAAUACGGGAGUGUCGAGAUUAUUGUUUUGUAUUGGUGGACCUUAUGGCCAUGGGCUGCAAUUGCGAGCACGUGCUAAUGUGUCAAUCAAGUUGUCUUCAAUGAUUUUAAGUCAUCGAAUUGCUCUACUUGUGCUCAUAGAACAACUUUACAGGGGAAAGAUGAUAAAUUUCCAACUGUAUGAAGAAUGGUAUUCGUUCUGCUGCUUGUUGUGCAAAAAUUCAUUCUAGAAAACCAUGAGAAUUGAAAAGAUGAAAGAGGAGCUCAAGUGACGAAGUGAGAAGUUUCAGUAAUGUAAACUAUGAAGGGGCAAAUAUUAGUGACCUGUUUUAGUUGUCUAAGGACUAUUUGCAUUCACAACUUCAAUGGCUAGAUGAAUAACACUUUGGAAUGCCAUAUUCUGCUUUCAAACCCAACUUUUGCUUGCAAGGCACCCACGGUGGAGGCAGGGAAGGGGAAAAUAUAUGCAGCCUUAGCCCAAGGUUAUGGAAAAUCAUUUCAUAGUAUACCAUGUCCUACUAUUCAAAUUAUAAUCCACCUGUGAUUUGGUGUAAUUGGCGAAGUGCCAUAUUAUUGUAGACACUAAAUGAUUCCCAAAUAAUGCUCUUAUAUACCCUUUUUGCAGGUCAUGGACCAUUCUGAAAGGACAAAAGUAUCAUCAUUAGUUUUUCAAUAAAAUCUGAAUCGUGAUAUGUAGGUCUUACUGGAUUUGCCUGUUCCCUUCUUCUGUACUAACUAUAUGAUAAUUCAUAUGUUCUGACUAUUUAAAUGAUUUAUUUUACAUUGUGAGCUUACAGAAAUAUGUUUAUAUAUUGUGAAUCGACCAUGUCCAGAUUCUCUUUUUAUUUUCAAUUUUUUUUUUAAUUUGAUGCAACCUUUUAAGUUCCA